GCGCCGACAGAGACGGCGGCGGCACGCGAGACAACCUCCCCAUCCCGAUCUUCGACGGGAGUGGCUGGCGGGACUUCUCGCGGCGCGUCGAAGCCUGGCAGCUGGCGACCUCCCUCAGGUCCGAGCGGCGCGGCCCAGCGCUCUACGCUAGGCUGCAGGAUGAUGCUUGGGCCGCCGUCGAAGACAUCGACAUGCAGAGGCUCGCCGAGCCAGGAGGGCUCGAGUUUCUGAUGAUCGAGCUCAAAGACCGCUUUGAGCAGCAGGAGAUACUGCGACAAGGAGAUGUGCUGCAUGAGUUAUUUGUCCUGCUCAAAAGGCGGCCCCAGGAGCAGAUACGUACGUUCAAGAGGAGGUUCAACACUCUCGUGCAUCGCCUGGCCAAGUUCGCCGUGACGUUGCCCGCGAUCGUGCUCGGAUGGUUCUUUCUGGAGAAGCUGCGGCUGCCGAGCGAUCGACGUGCGAUGGUGCUGGCCAGUGCAAACAACGAUUACGAUUUCAAGGUGAUGUCCGCGGCGGCCGAGAGAAAUUGCCCAAAUGUUGCUGAGUUCGACCGACCAGGCGGCCGCGGACAAGAUCAGACAUUCAAGCCCAAGAAGUUUCAGAGGUUCGCCCCACGAGGUGGACAACAUCGUGCCAUGCACGCCGAGCCCGACGAUGAGGAGGUGCACGACCCAGUCCAGGACUACCUACACGACCUGGACGAGGACGAGUACCAAGUCGUGGAGUCUUUCUUGGCGAACGGUGGAGACCCUACCGGCCUCCCGGGCCUGGAUGAGUUCGAGGACGACGCUGACGACCAGGAGCCCGGUGACGACCAGGAUGAGACCAUGGCGGCGCUGGCGGAGGCGUACGUGGCAGGUUUCCGUGAGAGCAACAAACGUUUCCAGCAGAAGGAUAAGUUUCGAAUGAAGUUCACGAGUGCAAAGUUCAAAAGGAAUGAUUUCAAGAACCAGCGGGGCUACCCUCCGCCGUCAGCACCGCAUCAGGUUCAACGAGACCCCAAGAGGCAGAAGGAUAUUGACGACUUGAAGAAGAAUUCAGUCUGCAAGACCUGCGACCAGCGAGGGCACUGGAAGGGCGACCCUGAGUGCCCCAAGACCCGUGGAGGAGGACCGCCCUCGUCGGGAGCUCGCAGGCCGAUGUUGGCUAUCCAUGACGGCGGCUGUGCGGAGGCGGAGCCGCACAGGGUCAUGACAGCGAUGAGUUCGAGGACGACGACGACGGCCAGGAGCACGCCCAAGCCUAGUGGCGAGAAGAAGCCGAACACUAGCUCGGGCUUCUACUCUUUCCUGGCCCUCUCGUUCCCGGUGUUCAUCUUCGCCUCCUUCGAGGAGAUGCGGAGACGCGUCGGGUUCGCGAUCUAUGACAGCGGCUGCACCAGGUGCGUGAUGGGCUACGACAUGCUGAAGCUGUGGGCGGCGCUCUUGAGGCGCUGCACGCGUGGCCUGAGGUGCCAGCGGGCCGACGAGAAGGAGCGGUUCCGGUUUGGAGCUGGCGACCCGGUCUGGAGCACCUUUGCAGCGCUGAUCCCGAUAUGCGUUUCACAUCGUAUUUCGGGCAUUCUGCGAGUCAGCAUUGUGCCAGGCGACCUGCCGCUGCUCUUUUCGAGGCCAGCGGCGAAGCAGCUCGGGAUCCGCGACGACCCGAGGACCAGCACCUUCAGUUUUCCCGAGGAGCUGGGUGUGCCACCCGUGCCGGUCACAGAAGCUGACUCCCAGCAUCCGCUGCUCAACUUGUUUCAGUUCCCAGCAGAAGGCUGGGUGGCGCCGCCAGGAGCAGUCUUGGACGAGACGCCCUGGAGCAGCAACAGCAUGAUAAAGCAGAUCAGCAUCGCCAAAAUGGAGAUCGAGCUUAUCAAAAUGCAGAUCGAGCUUAUCACAAUGCAGAGCGAACUUAUCAAAACGGAGGUCGAGCCAGACAAAAUGCAGAGCAGUAUCAAAACAAGCAGCAAGCAAAAGUUCGAGAUGAUUCAGAAGCGACCAGAUCCUCAGCGGGCAUGGCGGCGCUUCGCCCAGAUCUUGAUGAAUGCGGCCCAGGCUCUCAUGACACCCAUGCGCGGCGUGAUGAUCAGCAUGGGCUACCGGAAGUGUAUCAUCUCGAGGUUGACUCAUGUGAGACCGAUUCGGAAGGGGAUCACUCAGAUGACGAAGGCGGAGUUGCGCGCGGAGCUGCUGACCAUAGGAGUGGAUACCUCGGGGAGCGAGACGUGCGCAGCCCUACGGGAAAGCCCGCGAGCCACUCGACCGCCCGAGGAGGCAAAACACCAGAAGGGGACCCCCAGGGCAAAGCUGGCGUCGGGAUUCAGCAAGCUCAAGAAGCCCGAGGCCAUCGCUUUCUGCCAGGCUGCAGGCAUCGCGUUCGACGGGACGGCGGACGCCGUGAAGCUCAGGAUCAAGGCGUGGGCAGCAGCAGAAGGUCCGAUGCCACCAAGCGCCGUCUCCGCGAAGUCCUUGCUGGGUUCGGCUACUCCUUCGAGGAAGUCCGUGCAGUCGAGCAGCGCAGGACCGCCCCCGAGGGCAACUCCAAGCACACCUCCCAUGGCGAGGGAGAUCCAGGCCAAGGUCAAGAAGCGAGGUCCCCCGAGUACGUCAUCUCACAUGAGCUUGGACACCAAAGAAGAUCGCUUGGCAAGGAUUCGGACGGCACCGACUCGGACAGCAGUGACGACGCCAGUCCCGGCGGCGGAGGCGGGCUGGGACCCGGACCAGGACCUCGCGAGAAAGCGCGUGAUUGGCGGGCUUCGUGGCGCUCUGACUUCGUGGACGCUGCCAGCUAUGCGCUUCGCGGCGACCAUCGGCGAGUCGGCUGGCCUCAACCUUGCCAGCUUCGCCAGGGCCGCGGGGGAGCCCGCCACCAAGGAGGUGCGCGUCGCGGUCGACGAGGACGGCGCCAAGAUCAACUUCGUGGAGAUCUGGGGUGGCAAGGCCGCGGCAUCGCGCGAGGCCGCCCGUCGAGGUUUUCGUGUCGGCCAGCCCUGGGACAUCGAGUACGGCGACGAUCUCAAGAAGCCGAAUGUCCAGCAGCAGCUGAUCGACUUCGUGGAUCGCGAGAAGCCAGACUGCCUGGUGCUCGAGCCGACCUGCAGGAUUUGGAGCCACAUGCAGAACCUCGUGUUCAAGGGAGACAAGCAGCGCCUGCGGCGGGCGCGGCUGAAGGAGCUGCCGACGCUGAAGUUAGUCGAGAAGCUCUUCGGGAUGCAGUACGAGGGCGGACGCAUGGCUGUACUGGAGCACCCGUGGCUGGGGCAGUCUUGGAACGAGGGCCCGUGGAAGAGGCUCAGACAACUGCCAGGCGUGGUCGAGUUCCAGACUGACAUGUGCGCGCACGGCCUCACCUGCCCUCAGACCGGGAAGGCAGUCAAGAAGCCUACGAGGAUAUUGGCGACUCACGCAGCUUUCGAGAGGCACCGCGGCUUGCGGUGCACAGAGGACCACGACCACGCGGAGCUGAAGGGCUAUGGCAGUAAGGGCAUCUCCUGGAGCCAGGUCUACACCAAGGACUUCAGUCGGCGCAUCGUCGACGCGUUCGAGGAGGUGCGCAACAAGAGCUACCAGGCCAUGAAGGCUGGCAUUCUGCCGCUGGAGGUUCGAUCUCACCUUCGACGCCUUCACCAGAACCUCGGGCAUCCCUCGAACGACGACCUGGCCAGGAACCUGAGGCUCAACGGCGCGGGCGAUGCCCUCGUCCGCGGCGCCAAGCACCUGCGCUGUGCUGCGUGCAACAGGACCAAGCCUGCUGCGGGAUCUCAUCGAGUAUCUCGCCUGUCGCCCGUCGGCGGCUUCAAUGACGAGCUGGGCGUCGACGGCCUCUACCUUCGGAACGCGCGCGGGAAGCCCUACCUGUUCCUGUCGCUCGUCGAGGCCUCCACGACGUACCACGUCGCGCGCUACCUGAAGAACAGGAAGCCAGCCACCGUGGCUAAGGUCUUCCGAGAGCUGUGGCCUGCUGGACCGCCUAGCGUGGUCAGGCUAGACCCAGACGGCAUGUUCUACACCGAGCUUCAGGAGGCCAUGGACAUGAUGGGGGUCCGCGUCAAGGCCGUGGCGGGCCAGGCGCAGUGGCAGAACGGCCGCACGGAGCGGCAUGGCGGCUGGCUCAAGCUCAUGGUCAACCGCGUCGUCGAGCACAAGUCAGUCACGAGCCGCGGUGACCUUGAGACCGCCGUCUGGGAAACCUGCCAGGCCAAGAACGACAUGCGUCGGAUCUGCGGCUUUUCACCGUCGCAAUGGGUGUGCGGAUGCUCGCCUACCAUGUCUGCCGACCUGAUCGAUCGGCCCGGCCAGAUUGCAGAGCACAGCAUGCAUCACGUGUCCACGGAGCUCGCCAGGAGGAUUGCUAUCCGCACGGCUGCGCGGACGGCCUUCGUGGAGCUGCAGAAUAGUCAAGCGCUCCGUCGAGCACUCUUGCGGAAGCCGAGGGUCACCCGCAUCAACUACCAGAACGGUGACCUGGUGUUCUACUGGCGGCUGCGCAAGGGGACGAAGCUCCACGAGUGGCGAGGCCCAGCCGUCGUCAUCGGCCCAGCGGGAGCGUCCAACUUUUGGCUCUCGCAUGGUGCUGGGGCCGUUCAAGUUUCUCACGGGCAGCUCCGACCCGCUGAGGAUGAGGAGAUCUGGUGGCCCGGUCAGGGCGACGAUCCCAACAUCGAGGCGCUGAACGAACUCCUCCGCAAGGUCGAGAAGGAGGACCAGCCAGAGUACGAAGACGACCGAGGGCGGGGACCACGUGAAGCAGAAGAGAAGGCCCAACCUCUACAGCGGAGAGAAGGCCAGGACCUCGGGGGCACCCUCGAGGAGCGAGCGAGAGAGUUGGAGCUGGAGAUCGAGGAGAUCGAGAGGGACAAGCGCCCGGCUGACGCUGCCGAGCGCCUGGAGGACGAGCCGCCCCGCAAGCGGCAGGAGGCAGCUGCAUCAUCGGGGCCCGCGUCAUCGACCCGCGCGGAGCCUCCCGCGUCGACAGCGACGCCCUCUCAGCCAGCUCCACCCGAACAAGGAGUUCCAUACACGAAGGAGGAAUUCAAGAAGCGCCGGGCGGCUUUACAAGCCCGGCAGGGCCAGGUGUUCCGUCCGUUCCAUGUCGGACCGCUUCAGCGCCCAGGCGAUCAUCUGGAACAACCCGUUCACUUCGCCAAUUUCAGUUUCGGCCUGAUCGCGAAGCGGAGCUGGAACACGACUAGGCUGCAACGUCGAGCGCUGGAAAAGGAGAUGCCAUGGAACAUGAUUCCAGCCAGCGACCGCUCCCUCUAUCGCGAGGCGGCCGAGUUGCAGUGGAAGCAGUGGGAGAACUACGACGCCGUCGAGCCGCUCUCAGUCGAGGAAAGUCAGAAGGUUCGUGAGCGAGUCCACCAGAGCCGCAUCUUGACGUCGAGGUUCCUCUACCGGAACAAGAACGCUGGAAUCAAGGACGCGCCGCCCGAGCCGAAGGCUCGGCUGUGCUGUGGUGGCCACAACGACCCGGACCUCACGAUGGGGCUCAGGACCGACGCACCGACCGUGUCGAGGCAUUCGGUGCUCACUUUCCUGGCAGUGGCGGCGGCGUGCGAUUUCGAUAUCGUGGCCGGCGACAUCGAGUGUGCUUUCAUGCAGGGCGAGGAGCACGGGCGGGCCGAGGAGCUCUACAUGUCUCAGCCCAAGGAGGGCCUGCCGAACAUGGACCCUCGGUGCCUCCUGAAGGUCAAGAAAGGCAUCUUCGGGCUUGCGGAUGCGCCGCGGCUGCGGUGGCGACGUCUGCGUCGGGGCCUGGUCGAGGCUGACUUGAAGGACGACGAUGCCAAGCCCAUCCUCAUGAUGCAGUCCCGUCUCGACCCGACGGUGUUCCGCGGCUUCAACGAGGACGGCAGGCUGUGUAUCUUGGUCUGCGUACAUGCUGACGAUCUCCUCGUAGCCGCGAGGUCGCAGGCCCUACGUCAGGGAGUUCGAGGUCUCUUCAACUUCGGCGAGUGGCGUCACGUGCCUGUGGUGUUCUGCGGGAAGCUGCUGCAGGCGGACCCAGAAGGAGGUUUCCUGCUGGACCAGUCGACCUUCACCGAGGGCAGGCUCGAGCCGAUCGAGAUCGACAAGGCCCGGAAGCGUGAUCCGAGCCUGGAGUGUAAUGCCCGCGAGAUCGCGGACAAUCGCAGUGCAGUCGGCAGUUUGGGAUGGCCAGCUCGAGAGACGAGACCCGACCUGUCGCGUGCGGUAUCUAUGGCCCAGCGCAAGCAGAAUGCCCCCUGCAUCCAAGACCUGCUGGACGUCAACAAGGCCAUCGGAGUGCUGCAGAGCUCGGCCAGCGAGAAGUUUCACAUCCCCAAGCUGGACGUGGAGUCCCCGUGGUGCCUGAUAGUCUACCACGACGCUGCAUGGGGAAACGCACUCACCGAGGAUGAGGCCCUACGUCGGAUCGCUCAAGGAGAGAAGGUCCACUCGCAGGCGGGGUACCUGGUCUACCUGUGCGAGCGUGCAGUUGCUGAAGGACGCCCGGGAAAGGCGAUCCUGGUGGAUUGGAGAAGCCACACGCUGCCGCGCGUGGCUAGGAGUACCUUCGCUGCCGAGACUCAGAGUUGUACCGAGGCGUUUGAUUCAGCAGAGUUUGUGCGCGCCGUGAUACUCGAGAUGAUGUAUGCCGACCUAGAUGUGACCAACCGUGAGAUGCUAGCCAACAUUCGUAUGCUCCCGAUCACGUGCGUGACGGAUUGCAAGUCGCUGUAUGACACCCUCCAGCGGGACGCCGGUAAGCUCCCGCAGGAGAAGCGCCUGAUCAUGGAUCUGGCUUGGCUGCGCGAGGCCAUGCAGCUGGAGGCUGCCGUGGACCCCCGCGAGAGUAUGAACGUGGCAGAUGUGCCGAUGCGGUGGGUCCCCACAGCUUAUAUGUUGGCCGAUGUUCUCACUAAGACGAUGGAUUUGACAGGUCAGUUCUGUCGCUUGGUCUCGGGUUCGCUGCACAUCCCGAGGAAUUUGCCAGGCCCGGACGAGGGCCAGUGA